AUGGAUCCGAUUCCUGAUCAUGUGGACCACCGGUUGCGUCAUCAUCACACCAGGCCAACCUUCAACCCCAACCGACGUUCAAUGGAGUCCUUCCUUCCAACCCCAACCUCUCGUCUAUCACCUUUUCGAUUUAUCUGUUCUUUUCUAUCUGUUUUCCUCUCCGUCAAAAUCAUGAAAGCUUCAGGAUAUGAAACUGACGAGUCGCAAGUUCCUCGCCGUCGUACCUCUCGUGUCACUACCCCUGUCCAAUUGGGUCCUGGGAUGAUUCAACCAUCCCAGGAUAGCCGGCGUGCUCUGAACAGUUUACCUUCCUCGAUUGCACCUUCAAAUGCAUCUGCUUCGAAUGCUCCUUCUUCAAUCACUCAUUCCCGUAAACGUGUACGAUCCGCCUCCAGAUCCGAUAACGAUUGCGAGAUUGUUGGAGGACACAUUGUUCCCAACAAAGCUUCCAAGUCUAAGAAGACUGGCAGCCAAAAGACAACUGCUUUGAUGACCAAAGGCAAAAAGAAUUCUGGAUCUACUGCGUCUCAAACUCACAAGCCAGCACCUUGCAUGAAUCUUCCGCAAGACUCUGACAAUGAUAACGCGCGAAUUCGUAAACGAACAAAGGUUUCUCAAGCUGAGAAGGCAGGAGAGGAGGAGGAGGAGGAGUAUGAUGAUAUCUGCCUAUACUUUGACGCACCAACUCAUGGCACGGACAAUUUUUACUCAAACACUUGUUAA